UUUAGGGCUCGCAAUGCUAGUCCUAAAAAACCUUUUUUGUAGUAGUGAGGACAUGGCCCUGAGCUUGUGCGAGCUCAAUUCUGAGAAAUGGGCCAUCAGUAGCAGUAAGGAUCCGCUGUUGCUGACACAUGCCGUGAAGCAACAAUUGUCCGGGGCCUCUCUGAUCGCGGAACGCUCGUUCCGGGAGGUGGGUGCAGUUCUGGUUCAGUUGGAGGAGAGCCAGGUGGCUCGCCAGGCCUUGGAGGCGGAGAAGCAGAAACUGACCCAACAGGUCGAGAGCACAAGGGGGGAGGCCUCGGAGAAGAUUGACCAGGCCCGGCGCACGGCUGAGGAAGAGGCGGACAAGAAAUAUCUUGCCAAAUACCGAGAGUACCGGGCCAGCGCAGAGACUGAGUUCAAACAGCGGUCGGAUGACUUGAAGGCCGAAAACUCCAAGCUCCGGGAAGAGCUAUCCCAAGCCAGGGUGGAGAAGGAUACCUUGGAAGCCCGCUUGCAAUCGAAAAAUGAUCUCCUCCUUAAGCGGCAAGAGGAAUAUGCCACUCUUCAGAACAAGCUGCACGAGGAGGAGCAACUUCAUAAGAGGAGUAGUGAUCUCGUGUCUAUGCUGGAGUUGGGGCUCGCCGAGAAGGAUAAAGAGAUCGGAGCCUUGCAAUUCACCGCCAGGGGGCAUGUGACCGAGAAGCAAUCCAUGCUGAACCAAAAUAAGGUGCAGCGCAAGGAGAUUGAUUCUCUUAAGGGAGAGCGGGAUGCAUCCAAGGCCGAGGUGGAAAAACUGAAAGCUCAAUUAGCUGUCGCGGAGGCAAAGCUGGCAACCUCCGAGGCGGAGCGCUUGAAGGAGAAGGAGGAUGCCGAGGUGGUACUGAACAGGACGAUUAAUAUAUCGUACGUGGUCGUCAUGCAUCAACUCUGGAAAAUGAACCCGGAGGUACUAGGCUAUCUGGGAGAGGAUGCCGACGCCAUGAGGGAGAAGCUACAAGUGUGGGAUCAAGGCCCAGAGGUGUACGUCCAAACUUACAACAUUGACGAACCUGCUGGAGCCCCUGAGGCAGGAGAUCCCGGAGAGGCAGGGACCUCUGAACCUGCCCGCGAUGACGUUCCGCCUUCCAAUGAGCCGACUCCGCCAGCCCCAGUUGAAACCGCUGACCUCGAGGCCUUGGACGCGGAUACUGCUACCACCCCCAAUGCUUGAAGGGGCCUUAUCUUUAAUUAUUUUUCAUUUGUGUUUUUCUUUGGGGCGAAGCUCCUUGUACUCUUUUCUCAUUGCAGACAUAUUUGCCAUAAUUAUAGCAUUCUCCUUUCUUUUCUGCCGA